CUCAGCCUUGGAGGCGCGAUGGCGGCGCCCGUGCUGCGAUGCGCCCGUGCUGGACGGUGUUGGUCCCUGGGCUCCGGUCCCCCCCGCACGAGAGCGCUUUUCUCCGCACCCCUGCCGGGCCGGGUGAGGAGGCGGAGCUCCGCAGCACAGGAGCCGAGGCCGGGUGCACAUGAGUGGGCAGCUGUGGUGGGCCUGGAAAUUCAUGCCCAGAUCUCUUCCAAUUCAAAACUUUUCUCCGGAUCUCAAGUUACCUUUUUAGCACCCCCUAAUUCAUUGGUUUCUUUUUUUGAUGCUUCCCUCCCCGGAACAUUGCCGGUUCUCAACAGGAGAUGUGUCGAGGCAGCCGUGAUGACAGGCCUGGCUCUGAACUGCACUGUAAACAAGAAGUCUUUAUUUGACAGAAAGCACUACUUCUACGCAGAUCUCCCUGCUGGAUACCAGAUCACCCAACAAAGGCUUCCCAUUGCCGUGAAUGGAAGCUUGACAUACAGCCUUGGUGUGGGAGCCCAUUGGAGUCCAUCAGCCACCAAAACAGUGAGAAUCAAGCAGAUCCAGCUGGAGCAAGACAGUGGCAAGAGCCUUCACGAUGACACGAGGUCCCAGACGCUCAUUGAUCUGAACCGAGCGGGAGUGGGCCUUAUGGAGGUUGUCAUGGAACCCGAUAUGUGCUGUGGGGAUGAAGCAGCGACAGCCGUCAGAGAGCUUCAGUUGAUUCUUCGGGCCCUGGGGACCAGCCAAGCAAAUAUGGCAGAGGGCCAGUUGAGAGUGGACGCUAACAUAUCUGUGCAUCAUCCUGGGGAGCCUUUGGGAGUUAGGACUGAAGUGAAGAAUCUCAACAGCAUAAGAUUCUUGGCCAAAGCAAUAGACUAUGAAAUUCAGAGACAGAUUGAAGAACUUCAGAAUGGAGGCAAAAUUCUGAAUGAAACACGAGCAUUUGAUGACAAACUUGGGUGUACUGUGUCGAUGAGGGAUAAAGAAGGAAAGCAGGACUACCGGUUCAUGCCAGAACCCAAUCUUCCCCCAUUGAUCCUGUAUGAUGCAGAGUCUCUGCCUGUGGCUACAGACCCCCAGCAAGUGGUAAAUAUCGAUUGGAUUCGAGAGAGACUUCCCGAGCUCCCCAGCGUGACCAGAGGGAGGCUUGUUGAACAGUACAGGAUUCUGCCUGAACACAGCUUCACCCUAUUGAAUGAGGAUGGACUGUUGGAAUUCUUCCAAAAUGUGAUGAAAGAAACUAGGGCAGAGCCAAAAAAAGUGAUUGGUUGGAUUCUCAGCACUUUCCUGGGUUAUUUAAAGCAGCGGAACCUUGCUGUCAGCGAGAGUCCAAUCUCACCUUCUUCACUGGCCGAGCUUCUCAACCUUGUGGACAGCAAAGUCAUCUCUCCUUCUGCAGCUAAACAAGUUUUUGAGGAAUUAUGGCAGAACCAAGGGAAGACUCCAGGCCAGAUCGUUCAAGAGAAGAAACUUGAGCUGCUCCAGGACCAAGAGGAGCUGGAAGAGAUAUGCCAGGCAGUGCUGGCCAAGCAUCCUCAGGAGGUCAUGGCAGUGAAGAAGGGAAACCAGAAAGUUGUGAAUAAACUGAUCGGAAUGGUCCGAAAGGCAACAGAAGGACGAGCAGACCCAGCCAGGAUAAAGCAGAUCCUGGAGAAGCAGCUGCAGUGAGCAGCACUGGAGCCAGCUCCCUUGACUGGAGCAUGAAGAAAGCAAACCAGCAUAGACUGUGUCUGGGCCCCUUCCCUAGGAUCUCCAGGGUCUCAUUACCUCCUGAGCCAACCAGGAAUCCACUAUGCUCACCACAGAUCAGCAGCAUGCCCUGGCCUCCAGAGCUCAGCCAGCGUUCCCAUCCCCAUCCUAGACUUUACAAAAUGGGCACCACGUCCCCACCACCAAGAUUACCAGGAAAUUCUCCACCGGAGAACAGGAGGUCUUACUCCCAUGUUUAUUUCUGUGCCAGUGGGAGCUUAGGGGGUUUCAGUCAGAAAUGUAGCAGCAACCGAAAGUCUCAGAUUCUAGAAUUCUGAAAUAAAUAAAUCAGGCUUGACGAUUUCAAAGGAUGUACCAGCUUUUCUCUUUAGAGUGAAACAAAAAAAAAAGUAAAUCCAGUAAUCCAAGCACUAUAUUUUUAGCACUAGAAAUUGGUUGGGUCAGGCAAAAGGAACUGCAGCAUCUGCACACAAGAUUGUGGUAGGAGGUACAGGAGCAGAGAAACAAUGGUGUCACCCCUACCUGCUCAUCAGCUGCUUAAUAGGGAUGCUUUGGUUUUCAGCUUUGACAACAUGAGGAACCUAGAGCUCUGGGUAUAAGGUCUGAGUAAAAAAAGGGAAAAAAAGGCAAAUAGAUGUUUUCAAAUAUUUUAAUGAAUAAAAUAUAUACCCAUACUUUACAUAAAAAAAUUAACUUACAAUUCAAAUAUUGUGCAGAUGACCCCAAAAAAGCUGUAACAUUAGGUUGACUUGUUUUAUCUGGAAAGCAUAAUACUCUAAUUAGCAAAUAGAGACCUUGACCUUAAAAAAUAAUCAUCUUGUACUUAACUUGACAUCCAAAUGAAGGCUUCCUUGCUUUUAUUCAUGUUAUAUGACCACAUUGCACAGUAGGCCUCCUUUGUACCUGGAUGCUCUGUAACCUCUGACUCAGAGCUGGCUAUUAAAGACAAGUUUGGUUUUUUUCCUUUUGUUUUUAAAUCACAUGGGACAAAAAACAAGAAAGUAGAAUUUUGCAGCUGCCCUAGCUUGAUACAAAACAUCAUCAGCCCUUGAAAAAAAAAACAAAAUGCAAGAGACAGAGAUGCCUCUUCCUAUACUUAAUGCUGUUCCAGUGACAGCCGGAUGCCAUGAGAAAUGUGUUGCCAGCCUCUCCCCUGUCCCUCCAGAUUUUCCAAAUACCCACUUGGCAGCAAGCAGAGGUGGUUAUUCCCUGAGAGAAUGUGGAGGGGAGGAAAGUAUCCUGCUUACUUUUCAAAACGAGGAAUUGGCUCUUGAUGGCUGUACUCUCAAUGUUAGAUAAGUAGCGAGGAAUGAGCAAGUAACCUCUUCGUUCUGUUUAGAAUUUUGAGAUUCUGCCUCAUGCUAAAAAAAAAACAAAACGCAUGCAGGGUUUCCUACUUAAACUGAAAACUAACAGACCCAAAAACAAAAGGCCUAUGUUUUAUUUUCUCCAGUCCUCCCUAGGAAAGCAAGAAACUCUUUUCUCUCUCUAGAUUCCAUAAUUCCAUGAAUUACGAAUGAGAAGGGAAAGCAACCUUUUCUAUCUUUAACAAAUAGAGGAUUUUGCUGUUUGCGUUAAUCUUUCACAAAAGGCCCAUGCUUCUAGGAUAAUAAAAUUUGGCCAAGGCAUUUCAGGCUUUUUUCAGAACUUAAGUCAUUACUUAAUUAAGAUGGCAACUCUCUCAAGAUUUUUUUUUUAAACAGCAAAUGUCUUUGUAAACCAUAUUAAAGACUGAAGAUUCACAAUGAAAAAUGUCAGAGUUAAAACACUUGGCCUUUAAAAUGCCAAAUCUUCCACAUUGCAGACAAUUGACUAUUACCAAGUUUUAAGAUCUCCCAAAAGGGACUUUGUGUUGACCUAGCUGCAACUGUAAGAAGUCAGGUAUGGUAUCACAGACAUUUUACUUGGACCCUCAACUAAACAAUGUGAUUUGUUUGCUUACCAGCAAAGCAGUAGCUCCAUCCUCCCUACAUUCUUUGCAUGGGUGUCAAUUUUGUUUGGUACCCUUCUUUGCUAUUCUAGGAAAAUCUCAUUAAAAUGUAUGAGUCAACACCAAGGUGGAGUCUUUACCAUCUGUCCCUUGAAGCUCCACCUGUAGAGAUUGGUGGCUGAUAACUCUGUGCUCUGACUGUGAGAGAUGAUGUGGGAAAACAGGCCCUUCCCCCAGACUGACUUAGAACAUGGCCUCCUGGCCCAAGAGCAAGCUUUGGGAGUAUUUUCCCACUGCGAGAACAGUCUCCCACUCUAAGCUGGCCAACACUAGCCUUGGAGUCAGAAGUCCUGGGUUCAAAUCCUACCAUUGCCCACCUCUAGCUGUUUGGGCCAGUCACUGAUGUAGAAAGGAAGGAUUUCCAGAGGUCUUUAGUCCUGGCGCUUCAUUUUUAUAAAUGAAAAAAACAAAUCCAAGAAGGGAAGAGAUUUGCCCAAGUCGGCAUAGUGGGAUUCUUCUGAGAAUGUGGCAGUGCACCUGCCAUAAGAUUAUAAGAUUACGCAGAGAUUAUAAGAGGAGUGGAAAUAUGUGAUAGGGUCAUAAGACUAUGUAGAGAAAAAGGUGCUUAAAUGAGUACUGCCUUACAUGCAUAUGGAGAGCAAUAAGGCCAGAAACAACUAAAAGGUGGAGGCAACACUGCAGAAUGCAGCUAGAAAUCAAAUUAAAAUGUAAGUGGGAGAUGUCUAACAAAACAAAUAUACUAUAAAACAUAGAUGAUCUUAAUUUGUGGUCUUCUAAGUCAAUGUGGGACCUGUAUGGAUGCUUCUAUUUGAGUCUGACACCAGUGGUCUAGUAUGUUCCAAAAGAAUGUAAACUCAUCCAGGCAAGGGACUGUUGCAUUUUUGUCUUUCUCCACCACCUAGCACGGUCCGUAGAAGGCACUUGCUAAAUGUUUGUCGAAUGAAUAAAUUAUAAGCUCUCUAA